AUGGCCUCCUGGACGCCGCGGCUGCCACUCCUAACUACACUGCUGCAGACUUUGAGACAAGCGACUGGCACCAAUGCCGCCCUCCUGAGCACUAUAACUCAGAAGUUACAAAUCUUUGGACGCCGCGAAGAACGUGUCGCCUACCUGGCAUAUAUCUUGUCCUCACUGCCAGAAGAGGACGACCGUAUCCGUAUCAUUGCAGGUCAUCUGCUGAAGGACAUCGCCCGGAGCAUCCUCCACACCCCUCCCGAUGUCUUGACCUUUGCGAAGUCCGCCGUCCUGGUGGCCGUUAAAGAUCCGUCGAUCAUGGUUUGCCACGCAGCGGCACAGGCUGUCGUCGCAUUCCUAGGGAUCCUGGAGCCUAGGAACUGGCCGGAGUGCUUGCAACAGCUGGUGCAUAUGUUGGAACCUGGCGGAGAUCAACAAGAGGCCGCAUUAGGUGUCCUCAAGCAGGCAUGCGACAAGUACCCUGAAAAGCUUGACCUGGAAAUCGACGGCAGCUGGUCAGUAAAGGACAUACUCCCUAUGUUCAUCGACCUCUCGGAUCACCCCAACGCGAAGGUGCGCGCACAGGCGAUCGCGUGUCUGUCAAGUCUCGCUAGUAUUGGCUGUGAUUCCCUCUUCGAGCGCAUAGACGCGUUCAUCGCAUGUCUCCUCAAGCGCGCGUCGGACGAGGAUCCGGCUGUGCACAGACAUGUCUGCCAAACUCUUGUUCUGCUGCUAGCGUCGCGCCCGGAGAAGCUCAUGCCGGAGAUGGUCAAUGUGGCGGGGUACAUGCUCUACUCCGCGAAGGACAAGCACCAGGAUGUCGCGCUCCAGGCAUGCGACUUCUGGCUGACGUUCGCAGAAAUCCCGGAUCUCGCGCCGAACCUCCGCCCGUUCCUCGCCAAGGUCUCGCACGUCCUGCUGGACCGCAUGGUCCACAACGACGACGAUCUGCUUCGGCAUGAAUGUUAUGACGACGAUGUGGCCGUGCAUGACGAAUGCGCAGGCAUCGAGCCUCGCCCGUGGAACCUGCGCCAAUAUGCGGCGGCAGCGUUAGAUGCGCUUGCGGUUCGCUUUGGCGCUGAUCUGCUCAACGUGCUGCUCGAGCCGUUGCAGACCAAGCUGCGGAACGACGAUUGGCUACAAUGCGAGAGCGGCAUCUUAGCACUCGGGGCAAUAGAACCAGGGUGUAUUGACGCCAUCAAGCCUCACCUACCAACACUGGUGCCAUACUUGUUCGACGCUUUGAGCCACCCUCAGCCGCUCAUGCGGUCUAACACUUGCUGGACUCUUGGCAGGUACGCCAGAUGGUGCUCGCAGCCGAUCUCGCCGGAACACACGACCCCAAUCUUUGUCCCCACGCUGCAAGGUCUUCUCAGGAUGAUGAUAGACGAUAACCAGCACGUGCAAAAGGCGGCAUGCAGCGCAUUCGCCGCACUCGCAGAGGAAGCAGGCCCCGAGCUGGCCCCGUACCUCGAGCUCGUCUUGCGGCAGUUCCUCAUCUCGUUCGAGAAGUAUGCAAACAGUAACAUUCUUGUCUUGUACGACGCUAUUGAGACUCUUGCGGACGCCGUCGGCUCGGCAUUGCAGAGUCCGACAUACGUCGAGAUUUUGAUGCCUUCACUACUGGAGCGGUGGUCGAAGCUCAAGGACGACAACGACGAACUGAAGCUUCUCCUUCAGUGUCUUGCUUCCGUCACGAUCGCCAUGGGGCCAACAGUCCUCCCGUAUGCAACUCCCAUAUUCGACCGGUGCCACGCCAUCGUGCACAACUUCCUGCUCCAGUACAAAACAUCCCAGCAAGACCCCGAGAUGGACCGGCUUGAUCGUUCACUCAUCGCCACCUUCGAUAUUCUCUGUGGGUUGAUACAGGGCCUCGGGAUGGAGCUCGAGCAACACAUAAUGGGCAGCCAACCGAACCUCUUCGAGCUCCUUAUCGACUGCAUGAAGCAUCCGUACGCGGCGGUGCGGCAAUCGGGCUUCGCGCUUGUGGGCAUCAUGUCCAAGAACUGUUUCCCGCUGCUUCGGCCACAAGUGUCCCGGAUCAUGCAGUGCCUCACGGUGCAGCUCAACCCGGGACUGAAGCUCGAAUUCAUCAGUGUGUGCAAUAACGCUGCCUGGGUGGCCGGCGAGAUCGCACUCCGGUUCGGUCACGAUGAGGCCGAAUUCCGGCAAUGGGUUCAUCCCCUUGUCUCGCAGCUUAUCUCCAUCCUGCGGCACUCGAAGGCACCGCCGAACCUGCUUGAGGACGCCGCGGUGUCGAUUGGCCGGAUCGGUCUGAUGCACCCCGCCUUGGUUGCGCCGCUACUUCCCGAGUUUGCGCAUGCGUGGUGUCAGGCACUCUACGAGAUCCCGGAGAACGAGGAGAAGGACUCCGCUUCCCGCGGGCUCUGCACGCUCGUGCAGAUGAACCCGGCCGGAAUCAAGAAGAGCCUUCUGUGCUUCUGCGACGCGAUCGUCCAGUGGAAGCAGCCGUCGCCGGAGCUCAACGACAUGUUUCAGCACCUGCUCAACGGGUUCAAGCAGACCGACGCUGUCGAUUGGGCGGUGCAGGUCGUGCAGUUCCCGCCCGCCACCCAGGAGGCCCUUGCGGCGCGUUAUGGCGUGUAA